AUGCUCGCCAUCGUGCCACUGGUUCCCGGCAUGCUCAUGCUGCUUGCUGAUGCUCCAGGCGCUGUCGCCCAAGCCCAAAACAUCGCCCAGCAGCCGACCGUGUACAAGACGGUCACCGUUCCGGUCGACUUGGCCAAUUCUCCCAAUGCCCAGGUUGCCGUGACCACCGUCGCCCUUUCAACUGUCACUGUCUUCGGCAGCGAGCCCAACUCUGCGCUUGCAACGAUCGUGAUCUCACCCGAUGCUGAGCAAAGCAGCACCGCAGCAAUCUCCAGCAGCGAAUCUAUCAACGGAGCGGCUACCAGCAGUGGCCUCACUACUUCGGCUCCUUCUGCAUUUCCCUCUCUUACCGCGAACGGAACUUCCUUCGGAAACUUCACCAACACCACAUGGCCGCUAGACAAUUCCACCUCUGCCACCUUGAUCGACCCUACCGGCACAGAUGUGGGUGCCCAGGAAAGCAACACUGCUCAUGACGGCAAGCCUGUGGACACUGCUGGAAAUGCCAAAAGCGCUGCAGUCUCCGAGACUCAUGGUCUUGUUGGGUUGUCAGAGGCAUUGUUGUUGCUUUCCUCGUUGCUUUGGCCCUUUGAUCCCAUUCUAAAGCAACUACGGAUACAGGAGAACAAACCCUGCCUCCCCUGCUUUCCGGACAGCAAGAGCAUCCUCAUGACACAUGAGGAAGAAGACUGUGGAGGAGCUCGUACGCGACAAGUUAUGUUUAAGUUGAUGACCCAUGAUCCUUUCGAGGAUCUGGUUCUCGAAUAUUCGUGUCGCGCAAAGCCACGAAAGGAUGGGAAUAACGCAUAUUAUGGUGAUCUACCGCUGACAGCAGCUGUGGACCUACAAGGCGUCCGGGCACGGAGAAAUCUCUCACAUGACGAUAGGAUCAACCCCAAGCCAUAUUUACGAUGCCCGAUGAAUGCUUUCUCAGGUACUCAGUAUCGAGCCAGUUGCCCAACCACAUGGCCACUUCACUCGCAACAGCCAUGGAUAGUAGGAGUCUCAUGGACUCGUGUAGACGUUUUCACUUCCGGCAAUGCGGUCGAGGUCAAAGCCUCCACCCCCAACAAGCUUUGUCACAACCGAACGAAAUUCCCAUGGUCGUUGGUCGAUGCUCUCGAGUUCGGUCCGGGCCGCACCCAUGAUUUCUCCGUCCUGGACAUUUAA